AUGCCUGGAAUCACUGUGAAGGACGUCGAUCAAGACAAAGUGGUAGAGGGUGUUGCCCUUUUCCUCAAGAAGUCUGGAAAGCUGAAGGUUCCGGAGUAUGUGGAUCUGAUCAAGACCGCCAAAUUCAAGGAACUGGCCCCAACGGAUCCGGAUUGGUUCUACGUGCGUUGUGCUUCGAUCCUGCGCCGCCUGUACCACCACAGCCCGGCCGGCAUUGGUUCGAUCUGCCGCAUUUAUGGUGGACGUCAGCGCAACGGUGUGCGACCGUCGCACUUCUGCCGUGCCGAUGGUAGUGCCACCCGCAAGGCUGUCCAAGCUCUGGAAGCCAUCAAACUGAUCGAAAGGCACGCCGACGGUGGCCGCAAGCUCUCCAGCCAGGGCCAGCGGGAUCUGGAUCGUAUCGCGGCACAAAUUUCGAGCAAGAAACGCGAAGCCCAGAAGAAGGAAGCCGCGCAGGUGCUGAAGCUGCAGGAUUAAGCGGUGGCUGUACAAUACCUGUGCAAACACACAUACACAAGCGUGAGAGUUAUGUGGUCAGAAUAUAAGUUUACUGCUACUGUGGCCAACAGCGAUCCAACAUCGCGCUGUUGAGUGAAUGUAAGAAGCGUGUUGUGUGUUUUACAGUGAGAA